ACUGCAUUAGAAUAAUAACGUUACAGUUUGUUUUGCAUUAAAUUGAAAGCUAAAAAGAAAUAUUAUUUUAUAAAUCACGUUUGCAUUCUGAAAUUAUUAAAUUAAAUUCAAACGUCAGAUUAAAAGCGCGGGAUAAAAAUUGCGCGCUUUCAUUUCAUAAGAUUUAGAACAAAGGCUUUGUGUCAUUCAUCCUUGUGUUUUGGAUACUGAUUGAUAUAUCAGCGAUCAUGCCGUCCGAGGUUAUAGCUGACAAGUCGCUUCAGCGUGAACUAGCUGACUCCAUCAUCCGUAUGGUACCCUUGGAUGAAAUACGCAUAUUGCUCGCUUGUGGGGCGAAGGUAAACGAGCCUGUGACACAAGGUCUACGUCCAUUGCACUACGCCAUCUGGCAGAGAUACUUGGAGGCGACGAGGCUGCUGCUUGUACGAGGAUGUGACAUCAACGCUAGAGAUGAUUGCGGAUACAGCGCCCUGCAUCUAUCCGCUGAACAUGGGUACAAAGAGCUAGUGAAGCUGCUGCUGGAGAGUGGAGCCGCUGUUGAUUACCGUCCAGAUACCGGCGAGGAGUUCCCUCGGACAACACUCUGCGAUGAACCCCUCAGACUUGCAAUACGUAACAGACAUUAUGAAGUGGCCCGUCUUCUUCUAGAACACGGUGCUGAUCCAAACAAACGUUACUUCUUCGGUUCAGAAAUCAAUCUAGUCUCGGAUCCUGAGUAUUUGGAGCUGUUGCUGAUGUUUGGAGCCAACCCUGACUCGAGAGACAGAGCUGGCCUGACACCAUUGAUGAAGGCUGCUAGGCAAAGAAAGGGCAUCGAGUCGGUCCUGAUGCUGAUCAGCUACGGCGCGGACGUCAACGCGAUCGCCGACGCGAGGAAUGACUACAGAACGGUCAUGCAUUACGCUGUUUUGGGUGGCAGCACAGAAGUAGUUAAUCUCUUGAUCAAGCAAGGAGCUAGAGUGAACUACGAAUGUCCGGACUUGAACAAACCGAGUCCAUUAGACCUCGCGAUACUGAAGGGAGACGUGGCUAUGCUCCAACUACUUUUAUCAGCUGGUGCUCAAGUUAAUUCAUCCAGCUCUGUUAUCGGUACACCUCUACACGUGGCCUGUUCAGACAACAUAUCAAAUAGAAAGGAAAUUGUUAAGAUCCUUCUAGAAAGUGGUGCUGAUCCAAAUCUAAAAGUGUACAACGAAGAUGACGGCGCUCAACUGCGACCAGCCCUAGCGGAAUACCUCGCUAGUAACACAGAGCCCUGCGCAGAGACUAUCGCCCUAUUACUCAGAUAUGGAGCAAGAGUGAUAAUGAAAACGCAGUUCCGUGACCCAGACGGCAUCCUAAACCACCUUCAAAAUGUCACCUCCGAAGAAUACGAACACAUAUUCUAUCGCCUUCUAGAAGCAGCAGAGGCCUUCGACUUAUGUAUGAUUAAGAGAAAUAACGUAUUGAAACCCAAUCAAAAAGAGACUUUAAUUCAAAGCGCAAAGACUCCAAUUUCCUUACUGGCUCAAGCGAGAAUAUAUCUACGGAAAUUCUUUGGCACCUCACUCGUAAAUAUUGUUAAAAAACUUGAAGUACCGAUAACUCUUCAUAGUUACUUGCUUUUUGAGUAUAAAUAAA